AUGCACACGUUGUCUUUAAGAGCGCCUAGCUCGCUCUCUGCGGAUUCCACCGCUGAUCAAGCGGUUCGAUGGCGCUCGGGUGACCUUGUUGUCGCUCUGCCACCCGCUGCCUUUGCGCCGGACUACCAACCGCCCUGCUUUCACACAGACGAGCAAGUUCGUCACUGUGCGAUCUGGGCCGCGGACUUCUCGGUCACGGCUCGAGUGUCUUUUAUACUCUGGCGGCCUGGCCAACGUGCUAUUCGUGGUCACGCGCCAGCCGGAUCCCAAUGGAGAGCUCUCGACUACACAUUUGCUGGCGACUUUAGCCUCCACUACCCGGGUCGGUGGGUGCCGGUCCCUUGGAUUGCGCAAGAAUUUGCUCACUUAGUUGUGCUACCGGAUGACCCCUCGAGUGUCAAUGUCGUUGUGGAAGCGGACGGGCACUGCUGGUGCGCUACAGUUACCGCCGCCACAGAUGCGUGGCAGCUUUGGACGGACCUGCCCACGGUUUCUAGUCAGCCUCGCGUCCUAGGGGUUCCUCACCAAGAGCUACGGCAAGGGACCACCCUGCGUAGCGGGGACAUUGUAUCCGGUACGGAGCCUGCCUUUUCCCUCAGGGUUGCUCGAGGGGCCUUUGGCCUCGCAAUGCUACACGCUUUCCGGGGCAGUGUGGGCAUCUUAGCCCUUGCCCUUCUGCUUGCUAGUCCCCUGGCACCCCCGGUUGCCACUGGGAUGCGCCUCUCUGGGGAAACCGAGGAUUGGCACAAACGCACUCCGGAUGCCCCAGCGCAAGCCAGCACUAUGCAUCAUCAGGGCACCUGCCACCGUCUCUGGGACCCUGCCGGUAGCAUCCUCGGGCCCUUUUGGGGACCUGCUGCCGUGCCCCCUUCAGCCCUGCAGGACGCCGCACCGGCGUGUCCGCCUUUACCCAAGUGCGACCGCCACAAGACCACCGUGUUGUGGACUGGGUCCCGAUCCCCUCGGAUCCCUUAUUUGCCACUGUUCUCCUUCAAUGUCCGCCAGCCACCCGGGCGGCGCUGUUACCGGCCACCUGCGCGGCUGCUGAUCUCAAUAGGGCGUGCCGCCGCUGCGCCGGACCUCCCCCAGGUUCUGGCCCCGCCGGAGAUGUGGUGCGGGCUGUCUAGGUGGUCCUGGUUCGGAGUAUUGGGUCUUUGGACGUUGUGCUGUCAGCCGCGCUCGCCUGUCGCGCUGUAUGGCUCCACCCCUCCGGAGUAUCGGGCCGCAAACCCGCCCAACUUGGAUCGUGGUCUAUUGGCACGUACCCGCUGUUACCUUCGAGCCUGGGGCGCCCCCUCAUGGUCCAGUUCGGAUGGUAUUUCCUGGACAGCCGACCUUCAUGAGGAGUGUGUGGCGCAAGCAUCUCUGCACCAGCUCUGGUGGUCUCAUGACUUGUUUCCCUGUCUCCCUGCCUCUGCUCCGGCCUCUUACCACCGGGAGUUCUCCAGCUACCCGCUCUGGCCAGGCGGCGUUCCUGAACAGCUCUUUAUCGCUACGGAUGGCAGUGUGAGCACGGUGGGGCUUGGGCCUUCUGUGCCUGGGCAUGGUGGCGCGGCCGCUGGUAUCGCCUCGGCUGGUUCGGAGCUACUGGCUGCUGGCCUGUGGCUUGUUGCAUGGGUCGACCGACUCUCGCUGCUCACCUCUUCUGCGCCUACUAGGGUCACUAUUGCAGUGGAUAAUGCCGCUGCCCUUCAGAUCGCCGCUGGGCAGGCGCAAGCCGGCGAGAACGUCACCACUGACACACGUUACGUGUGGCAAGCUGUCCAGUCCCGCCUCACAACCCGCUUUCAGCAUGUGCAUAGCCAUGUCGGCAUCAUGCCAAACACGCUUGCCGACUUGGGGCACCGCGGGUGGCGGCCCUGGAAACAAACUGACCCCACUCUGCCUGCCCUCUUCCGCCAAGCUGGGCCUUGGCUAUGGGCUGUUCCCCGAGCGCGGGUUCAACAAGGGCGGCCCUGUCUUCAGCUUGUCUCGGACUCCCUUCCUCCAGCGCCCCAGGCGGAAGAGCCUUAUGCCCAAGAAUCCCCGUCGGCUGGCCCCUCAGAAGCCCCGGUGCUGGAUGAGCCUCGCCAGCCAACCACGACUUCCCCCGUCCCUCUUCGCAUCGUUACGGCUAAUGUCCAGACGAUGCAUGAUUCCCGUGCCUCCUUCUUCAAUCCGUCGGGACACGGUCAACGCCGCCAGGACCUGUACUCCCAGGUGGAUAAGCUGAGCCUCGACAUUGUUUGUCUUCAAGAGACCCGCAGCAAAGGGGGACGCUGGGACACUGCCGGUUUGCUCACCUGGAGGUCCGGGGCAGCCAAGGGCAGCUAUGGCUGCGAAAUUUGGGUGAGACCACAUCUCACCAACCCGCCACUGCGCCUUGACGAUUGGCGCAUCACAAGCGCCACCCCCCGCAGCCUCAUCAUUGUGUGCAAACGAGCUGACUUCCCGCUGGCCAUUGCGGUGGCGCACGCACCCCACGCUGACAGGCCGGCCGCGGAGAUUCAUCAAUUUUGGUCCUUACUGCAGGCCUCGCUGUGCCAGUUACCUCGGACCCUUACACUUGUUAUCGGCCUUGAUGCCAAUGCUGACCUCCUGUGGGCCGAUGAGGACCACGCUUUCAUCGGGGACGGCCUAGGGUGUGGUGAAGAAGGGGCUGGCGAGCAAGGCCUGUUCGAUACCAUGCAACGCUUUCGGUUGACGGCCCCAGCCUCUUUCUCUGAUAUUCAGGUUGGCCCGGGCUGGUCUUGGGAGCACACUGGCGGUACCCGCAAGCGUCUUGAUCACAUCCUGCUUCAGGCGGGUUCCUGGCAGUACCGCCGCUCCUGCCAGCUCCCUGAAUUUGAUAUUCUGAACGGUCGGCGCGACCAUAUGCCCUUGCUUGUUGAAUGCGAGCUUCGGGGUCGACCGGUCCAAGCCCUUAAGCGGCGGCACCUCCGCCUCCUGCGAGCUCUCCCCAGCCCGCCGAGGUCAGGCAGGUUCGGGAACAACUUCCCGCUUUGCGAGCCAAUGUCGAGUGGCAACAGCGGCGUUUUCUUCUGCAGGCACACUAUCUCGCCCGCGCUGACAAACAAGCCCACUUUCGCUCCCUCACUCUUGCAGCAGCUCGGCAUUGGGAGUCUACUGGAGUCCCUCUUGAGUCCAUCCGGCAUCUCCGUUGGGCCUCUCGUAAGUCCCACGAAAGGCGAGCCGUCCACGCGGCUGGGGGAUAUGACAUUGACCCGGAGCUUGAAGAUCAAUUUCGCGCCCAAGAAGCUUGAGCAGCUCUGCAUCCGCCAAGCUCCGGCUAAAGCCCCUGGACCGGAUGGACUGCGUAACGAGCUCUGGCGGUCGCAGGGCGCCCAUGCAGGCCGCUGGCUUUGGCCCCUGUGCGCCAGGAUCGCCCUUCAAGGCCGAGAGCCUUUUGACUUCAAGGCCGCCAUUGUAUGCGCCCUUUAUAAAAAAGGGCCUGCAUCCCUGCCGGCAAACUAUCGCUCCAUUGCCCUUCUUAAUGGCGUUGCCAAGCUAUGGCACUCGCACCUUCGGUCGACCAUAGGAGGGCACAUCCUCUCUCGCUAUGAGCCCAUGCAGUUGGGAGGGCGCAAAGGGGUCCACACGGAGUUUGCUCUCGCCGCUUUUCGGUGCGCGUGGGACCUCUCUGUCUCAGCUGGGCGCUGUUUGGCCGUUGUCUUUGUUGACAUCCAAGCCGCCUAUUAUGAGGCCAGUCGGGACUUGCUCUUUGACGGCUUCGCGGCAGAUGCCCAGGUACCAGAGCACCAUCACCUCGCAGGUCUUGUCUUGCAGCUUCAGCAACAAGGAGCUCUUGCUGCCUUGGGGGUCGCGGACGAUGUUGCUGCCCUGCUCCGUGACUGUGUUGCGCUGUCCCACUGGUCCUUGUCGGGCUCCUCCAACAUCUUCCUUGCCUCCCGCGGCUCUCGUCCCGGGGAUGGCCUUGCUGACAUCCUGUUCGGAGCGCUCUUCGCUGUUGGAUUGCAGCACAUACAGCGUGCCACCGCGCAGCUCGGCAUUACUCACACCAGUGCUGGAGUUGAGGUUGGCCUCCCGCCCGGUGUUAAGCCCAUUGGGUGGGCCGAUGACCUCGCGGUCCUAGCUGACUUUGACUGCCCUGCUGAUUUGCAGGCUCAGCUUCCCCAGCUCGUCCGUGUCAUUUUGGAGACCCUCCGACUCCUUCGUUUCCGGGUCAAUCUCGGCGCGGGGAAAACUGAAGCCUUGGUUGACAUUCGAGGUGAAGGGGCUCGGGCGGCCCGUGGGGCCCUGCUGAGCGGGGACGCACUCCUGCAGGUCUCCGACUCGGGCUCCAUCCGUCUCUGCCCGGAGUACAAAUAUUUGGGAGUUGCUCAACUGCCCCGGGAUACUGGACGCAGAGACUGCGAGCUCGCGGCGCAACGGGGCUCCGCUGCGGCCUCGAUGGCUCGCACCCUCCUGUGCAGCAACUGCCUCCCGUGGGAGCUCAAGCGUGCUUGGGUUGCGGGCAGAGUUCUCCCGUCGGCGUACUCCUCGCUCGCUAUGUCCCUUGCGGAGUCGGGCAGAGCGACCGCGCCGCUGGCUGGCCUUUUUGAGCGCACGGCCCGCAUUCUCUUGUCCUCGUGGCAAGUGGGGCACAAGCUCACUACGCCGCUCCUCCGGCUUUUUGCGGAUGUCCCUCCACCCGACCUUGCGACCGUGAUCAGCCAAUGUCGGCUGUGUGUGCAAUUGUUUUGCAAAGCGCCAGCGGCUGUCCGCGACAUUGUCGAUGCCGCCUGGAAUCGGGCGCUCCCGUGGUGCCAAGCUCUGGUUUCGGCAUGCAUGUGUGUGGGUGCGUCCCUUGAUCUAUGGGAUCCGGAGCAGCCUCCUGCUAUUACGGUUCUCUUCGUGCAGAGUCACGGGCGUGCCCUGCUCCGAGCCUGCAAGUCCCUGAGCAAGUUCGGUCACCGCUAUGCUGCCUGCGCCCAGCUGUGGGACGAUCUUUCAGCUCGGAGAACCACACACGUGCUCGGAGCCGCUCAGUCCUAUCGCUGCCCUGUCUGCCGGGACAUCUUUCCGAGCCUCCAUGCCGUCCGGGCUCACCUUCACCGUAAGCAUGGUGUCCUUUCCGACGUCACUGCAUACAUGGCGGGUUCUGUGUGCCUCUGGUGUAUGCAGGAUUUUCACUCCUCAGACCGCCUGAAGUACCACCUGCAAACGCAGCGGCCCUGUUUGCACGGGCUUCGGGUCACUGUCGGCCCGGUGUAUCAGUACGGGUCCGGCACUAAGCGCAAAGGCCGCGCGGCUCACCGGGGAGUUCCACCGCAGCGACUCUGCGGACCGUGUAAUGCCACCCCGGUUCAACGGCGCGCCGCUCGUCUCGGGGUGCCAGUUACCGAGGCUGAGUUACAGGAGGAGUGGGAUGCCGUUCAACGCUCGCCAGCCCUCUCGGACCUGGUUCCUGGCAAUCUGCACCGUGUUGCUGCGGGGUCUGCGUCUGCUUCGGCGCCGGUGGCUGUCCUCGGUUCUCUUAGCGAGGACGCCGCCUCCUCUCCCUUGUUACAGAACCCCGUGUCAUCUCUGGUUGGCUCACUCGGUACCACGCCGCUCCAGUGGUACUCGUUUGUCGAGGGCGCGGCUGCCUGCGUCGACUGGGCUCUGCCUUCGCCUUGGUGGCCAGGGCUUCUCGCCCUCGGCGGGGUCUUCCGCCUGCCUUCUUCCUGGCACCGGCUUUGGUCCAUGUGGUCGGCAUUGGAGCUCUUCUCGCCUUGGGAGCACCGUGCUGUUCGCCGCUUUGGGGUCCUUCGUUCGGCCUCGUCUUGUGGCUUGGGUGCCCCUGUGUCGCUGGCUGACGCCACUGCUGGCCGCCGGUCCCUGCUGGAGCUGGCCGCCGCCCUUGUCUCUUUCCGCAUGGUCUGCAAGACCGUCCACCAGCGGGGCGCCAUGUGGAUUUCUGGGCACCCCGGGCACCUGGGGCUUGCCCUGCUCCGCCGCCUGCUUCCCGCGGCUGUCUUCUUGGACUUCUGGUCUUCUGCUGGUCGCGUCUUUCUCGCGGCCAGUUCGGCCUCCUUGGCCUCUUCUGUGCGUUCGGCCCUCGUUGGCUCUUCCGCCCCGCCCUCGCUUUCCGUGCGAGCUUUCUGGGCGUACCCUGCUGCGUGA